AUGUCUUACAAGCUUUCUCAACUCGCGCCCCUGCCUGAGCUGAAACACGUGCACAUUGGAAAGACGAUUGGACACGGAGGGUUUGGUGUUGUCAAGUCUGCUGUAUUUGAGAAAAAUGGGGUAUCUAAAGUUAUAGCCGUGAAGUUUGUUCACCUCGAUAUGGCUCGCCAACAGAAUAUCACCACAGAUAUGCUUGCGCGGGAGGCAUUUAUUCAGAGGGAAUGCAGGCAUCCGAACGUGAUCCAGCUGAUAGAUUUUGGUGCAGAUAUCAAUUGGGUCUGGUUUGCCAUGGAAUUAGGAAGCAACGGUGAGUUGUUUGACAAGAUCGAGCCUGAUCUGGGAGUUGACGAGGAUGUCGCUCAAUUUUAUUUCAAGCAGCUCAUAAACGCAGUCUCUUUUAUUCAUUCCAAAGGUGUUGCACACCGGGAUAUUAAGCCAGAAAACCUGGUUAUCGAUAAGAACGGAAAUUUGAAGCUGACGGACUUUGGGCUUGCUAGUGUAUUUAAAAAGAAAAAUGGUUCCAAAAGAAUGUGCACCACAGCAUGCGGCUCACCUCCUUACCUUGCUCCAGAGGUGGUCUCUCAAAAAUAUGACCCUGAGCCCUCGGACGUGUGGUCCUGCUGCAUAGUUCUGUUUGUGCUCCUCACAGGGCAGAUAGCAUGGGAGAUGCCACACGAGGAAGACACAGACUUCCGUUAUUACAUGGAGAGGAAGGGAGAAGUUUUAAUCUCUCCAUGGAACAAGAUCCCUCUAGGUGCACUUUCCCUGCUACGGAAAGUGCUGGUCUUGGAGCCAUUGGAUAGACUACGCAUCGAAGAGAUUAAGCAACAUCCUUGGGUGGCCAAGAAAAACAAGUUUGCGGACCAAAAUGAUAUGUGCAAAGAUCCAAUGCGUCUCACCACCAGCUUGUUGGUGAACCUUUACAUCAACCUUUCGGACGCAGAAUUUAACAAGAUUAGCCAGAUGUCCACCCAGAUCAGCAAACCGGCAGCAGGAACGCAACCGCCAAAAUACGUGAUGGACGAUACCCAGCCGGCAGAGAUCUACAAGGAAAACUUCCGUCCGAUUGGGGGUUUCUCUGCUUCGCAGGAGGUCUACACUGAGCAUUCGAAACGUCGCAAGCUGAAGGAAGACCUCGAUGAUGACGCUCUUAUAUUUGCCACAAUCUCCAAAGAUCCAGCAUCUUUGCAAUUCCUAAAUUCCGGUUCUUUGGUCAACAGAGAGCAGCUGAUCAACGCCAAGAUGAGCAAUCUGCGAAUAGAGCAGCAAAGAUGUCCAGCUCUUUUCGCGGAGAGUCUCACAAGAUUUUUCAGUACAGUAGCCCUGGACCAGCUGCUGAUCACAAUCUUGGAAGCAUUGAGCAAGCUUGGGCUUUGCGGUUACUUGGGUGAAAAUGACAGCGAGCUCUAUGUGGAGAAUCUACGCAGGAACGACCUUCUCAGUGGAGUGAUCACUAUCCCUAUCAAUGGCAGAGACUCCAGCAAAGCACCCAUAGUAGGAAACAUCAAGGUUAGCCGAAUGGCCGACAAUCUGGACGUGCGGAAGGUUGAUUUUCUGAAAAUCAAGGCAGACCCGCUGGAAUGGAGAAGAGUUUUCAAACGAGUCACAAUUCUUUGCCGUGAUGUUGUGUAUGUUGAAAAAUAG